AUGGAAGUUAGUUUGCCAUACGUAUCUCUCUCUCUUUUCUUUCUUAUUAUUGCUUUCAAGUUCUUAUCAAAAGCAAGAACGCAGAAGAAUCUCCCUCCAAGCCCACCGGCUCUUCCGGUCAUCGGUCACCUCCACCUCCUGAAACCACGUCUCCACCGAACUCUCCACGGACUCUCCCAAAACCUCGGGCCGAUCUUCACCCUCCGGUUCGGUUCACGCCUCGUGGUGGUGGUGUCAUCGCCGUCCGCAGUGGAGGAAUGCUUCACCAAGAACGACGUCGUCUUAGCCAACCGCCCUCGUUUCACCGCGGGCAAGUACUUCGGCUACAAUUACACCAGCAUCGGCGCGUCCAAUUACGGCGACCACUGGCGCAACCUCCGCCGCCUGAUGGCGCUGGAAAUCUUGUCCACCAGCCGCCUCAACAGCUUCUUAUCGAUUAGGCGAGACGAAAUCAAGCAUUUACUCCGCAGAUUGUAUCGAAACUCGUCUCGUGAUUUCGCCAGAGUCGAAUUGAAAUCCAAGUUUUCUGAACUGACUUUUAACAUCAUCAUGAGAAUGAUCGCCGGAAAGAGGUAUUAUGGAGACGACGACGAGGAGUUGUCGAACAACGAGGAGGCGAAGGAGUUCCGGGAGAUCAUGAGGCAGGCAUUCGAGUAUAGCGGUGCAUCGUACCCAGGGGAUUUCUUACCGGUUUUAAAGUGGAUUGAUUAUCAGAGUUUUGAGAAGAAUUUGGGGAGACUUCACAAGAAAAUGGACGCUUUCCUGCAAGGUCUGAUCGAUGAGCACAGGCGUGACAAGAGUAAGAACACCAUGAUCGAUCAUUUGCUUUCCUUGCAAGAGUCACAGCCAGAUUAUUAUACAGAUGAUAUCAUCAAAGGACUAAUCGAGGUUUGUGGACUCUCCCUCUCUCUCUCUCUCCCUCUUGCCCAUCAUACAACACAACUUUUAUGCUGCAAUUCUGCAAAUUAA